CCAGCAGCAGAUAAACGACGAUAUCACAGCAACAGCCGUCAUGUUAAUGCAAGUCAUCCUAUCCUGGGCCCUCUACAGGACAAACCCCAGUGAGCCUAGCAAGGCGGAGCUGAAGAAACUUAGGAAGUCAGUCGUUCAGCUGAUUCAGCAGUGUGAUGAGCUGAUUCAGUUCGGUGUGGCUGGAGUGCAGAAGGAGGCUUUUAUCACGGUGUGUGAUAUGCUGAUUAUAUUUGCUCCACAACUCAAACAAAACCCUAACUACAGUUCUCUGAUUGUAGUACCCGAUAAAUCAGUUCAAAUCAGGUUGAGGGAUUACGUCAUGACAACUGUAUUCGCUGAAGAAGAACCCCCUCAGUUCCAGGACGACGAGGAUGAAGAAGCUAAGACAGAAGUAUUGAUCGAAAAACGUCGUGUAUUAGCCUCCUUCGGAAAACUCAUCGCCUUCAACAUCAUAGAAAUGAGACUUGCAGCCCCCAUCUUUGCUCAAUACGUAAAAUCAUACCAGGACUACGGAGAUAUUGUAAAACAGAUGAUGUCCAAGGCUCGAGAGCUGAACCGAACCAAAUGUAUGAGGACACAGCUGCUGAGUUUGGAGCAGUUGUUCGAGGAGUUGAGAGAUCAGAACGAAGGCAGGAUAGACAGAUCAUCAGAGGAAUGGACCAAGAUCAAGGAUCUGGCUCAUAGGUUCGCCCUUAUGGCUGGUGUGGAUAACUAUAAGUCAAGACAGGCAGUGGUCACGUUCCAUAGAGAGGGCAUUAUUUACUGUCUGUUGCGUAAUGGUCCACCAGAUGGCAGUCCUCCGUCCAACAUUGUCUUCUUCGAUAUCCUAGCUGAAACAACCUUCAAACUAAUGGAUAUCGACAAGAAGGGACCUAAAGGAUUGCUGGCAUUCUUGGAGGAGCAGCUUAUGAAGGAGGGAGAAAUUCCAGAGGAUGAGAUAGAAUGGGGACCGCUCCGAACAUACCGUACAGCACUUGUCGGUAGUAUGUCAGAACCGUACAUGUACUACGGAACUGGAAAACGCAAGAUGAUGGGCAGUCCUAUGAGAGUGAUGGAGGUGAAGAGACCGAGGGAGGACUAUGUUAUUGACAAUUGGCAAUCAGCCAGUGGAUCUGGAAACUAUGUUCAAUAGUUAACAUUUAGACAUUCUGUAAAUUUCGAGUGAUAGAGUACUGUUGAUCGAGAGUACUUUGUUCAGAGUUGUUUCCAUAAAACGUUACGAAAUGUGAGAAAGAAAAGAAUUUUCCAUGCGGUCAGAUAUCUAGCACUUCCUGGAAUUGCACUAAUGUAAUUAUAUCUGUAACGUACAGUGGCUAAGUUAGGAUUUGUGCAAUAUGAAAUGCUGUUCAUUUGAAAGGAGAACAAUUGGGAUUGUUUGAACAUAACACUUAAUUGUAACCAGUGAAAUUUGGCGGUUAAGAUAGCUGAAAAUAACACCCUCUCCUUAUUUUCUAUAAGUAUUUCAUUGGCUGGCCAUAUUAUCAAGUAGCAAAACAGGUAAUAGUGGAACUGUGCAGUAAGACCAGUAUUGGUUUCACUGGCGGAUUUGAAUAUCAGAUUUUGGAAAUAUUGGUAACAGUAAAUUUUCACGUUUUAUUACGACACCUGCUUUAGUGCUAUACAUUAUUACUAAACCUUAUUUAUGGCAGUAUUUUUAUUGAAUUUUAUUAAUUUAAGUUAAUGAAACUGUAUUAUUUGAAUAGAAGUUAAAUUUAGCUUACAAAUAUGACUU